GAAACGGCAAACAGAAAAAAAGUUGUGCUCGACCAAGGUGGGUGUGCGUGCGCGUCGUUCGUCGUCUUUUCGCGAGCAAAUUUUCACACUUUAGCUUAAACGUUCAGCCCCUUGCCAAGUGUGUGCGGCUCCUGUUUGUAGUGCAUGCAGCUAAGAACACACACCAGAAAACGGAAACGGCUCGUCGUUCGAGCGUGGAGGAGGAGAAGAAGCACAAAGCUGCUUCGUUUCGCUUAGAAUCAAGCAUCUCUUUUUUUAAGUGUGUUUGUGCGUACGCGCGUGUGUUUGUGUACUGUAUGAAGUGUGAUUAAGAAACAAAGUUGUGCACCAUUUAGUAGCCGCCGAGUAACCGUUGUGUGGGAGAGCCAGGGGUGAAUUCUCCGACGGUAAAGAGAGGCAUAGACCUCGUCCUCCAUCGCCUCCGCCCCCGAAAGGCUGCGUAGCGAAAGUCGGCCAUCAGCAGAGAAAAGGUGUUCGAUAGAAAGUGGCAAUAGAUGCAAUCGUGCGGAAAGAAAUGAAAAUGAUUAGCGGCAACACUCGACGAGCUUGCCCAUCAGCAGCAGCAGCCGGAACGGGCAAAGCGACGUCCUGCAACCGAAGGCAAUCAUCGUCCACCGCCGCCUGCUGGUUCUUUGUUCCGCUGCUCGUCCUUGGGAGCGUACUGAUUGAUCAGGCUCAGUGUCAAACGAUUGGAGGAGAUGAAAGUGGUGGCAACCAGUGUGUAUGGUACGGUAUCUGCAAUGUCGACUCGCUUGGACGGGCGCAAUACUGUCCGUACAACGGUACGGCCAAAGCGAUCGAUACGGAGGCAAACGAUCUGCUGAAGGUGUGGUGUAAACAUCUGCUCGUAGAAGAUGCCACGGGCAGCAUCAACACGUGCUGUGACGCUGCACAGGUGAAAGUGCUGAACAAAAACGUUGCCCUGGCGGCCAACUUCCUUUCGCGAUGCCCCUCCUGCAUGGCCAACCUGGUGCGGCACAUGUGCGACUUCACCUGCAGCCCGCAGCAGUCCAGCUUCAUGAAGGUGGUAUCGACCGAAGAGGUCGAUCAGCAGGAAGGCGAAUCGGAAAAGGCGGACGCAACGACGGCGGCCCCGUCGCCCAAGGAGUACAUCACCAAGAUCGAUAUCCACAUUACGCAGCAGUAUCUGAACGGAACGUUCGAGUCGUGCAAUCAGGUGUCGGUCCCGUCGACCGGGCAGCUCGCGCUCGAUCUGAUGUGCGGCGACUGGGGUGCAUCGCGCUGCAGUGCCAAGAAGUGGUUCUUCUACAUGGGUGACGCGGAGAACAAUCUGUACGUGCCGUUCCAGAUCGAUUACGUGGCGCACAGCUCGCCGAACGAAACCAUCGAUGGCUAUCUGCCGUGGAACCCGCGCAUCGUGCCGUGCAGUGAGAAGUUGGAUGCUAACACACCGGCCUGUUCGUGUGUCGAUUGUGAAGCAUCGUGCCCGAAGCCACCGGCACCGCCUGGCCCACCGCAACCGUUCGUCAUUUAUGGCAUGGAUGGAUACGCGGUCGUGAUGUUCGUGGUGUUUGUCGUUUGCAGCGGUCUGUUCCUGAUCGGUGCUUGUUUCUGUCACUCGAGCACCGGUACCGGCGGCGGAAGCGGCAGCGGAGCAAAACUGUUGGUAAAUAGUGGUGACGCGCUGCCAUCGGACUUGCGGUCCUCGGUGGGCCGCAGGUUAGCCGGUGGGCUCUCCUCUAACAGUGGCGAUCUGGGCACGGACCGGGAAGACUCACCCCUACAGUCAAAGCGAUCGAGUGCCACUUGGGACGGUGAGCAGGAACUUCGACCUCACCCGUCCGGUGUGGGAGCGGCCGAUGACGAUGACGAUGAGUCAGGAUACUUUGAGCGGCUGGGAGCAAAAACUGAAACUGCCUUGGAACACUUCUUUACCGCGUGGGGUACGACCUGUGCCAAACAUCCGUGGCUGGUGCUGCUUGGAGGUCUGCUGUUCAUCGUGGCAAUGGGUAUGGGCAUCAACUUCCUGCGCGUCACGACAAAUCCGGUUGAGCUGUGGGCUUCGCCCUACUCCCGAUCGCGUGUCGAGCGCGAGUACUUCGAUUCCAACUUUGAGCCCUUCUACCGUAUCGAGCAGAUCAUCAUCAAGGCGGAAAACAUUAGCAACGUGAUGCACAACACCUCGAACGGGGUGAUACAGUUCGGGCCGGUGUUUAACCGGCAGUUUCUGCUGGACGUGUUUGAGCUGCAGGAGCAGAUCAAAAAGAUUCAAGCCGUCGCGGUGGACGGUAGCGGCAACAAUGAGACGAUUAUGCUGAAGGACAUUUGCUUCGCGCCGCUCAGCACCGGUGCCGGCCCGACCGGCACGCAGGAGUGUGUGGUGCAGUCGCUGUGGGGCUACUUCUCCGACGACAUGGACAACUUCAACGACGAGGAAGAGGACGCACAGGGCUUCGUGAUCAACUAUCUGGACAAGCUGAUACAGUGCUUCGGCAACUACUACAACCCGGCCUGUCUGGCACCGUACGGGGGCCCGAUCGAUCCGGCCAUCGCGCUCGGCGGCAUCCCGCAGCCCAAGUCGGCGGACGAGAAGGCCAGCUACGCGGAAGCGAGCGCUGUCAUCCUGACGUUCCUGGUGCGCAACUACCACGACAAGAACAAGCUGCAGUCGGCGCUGGCCUGGGAAACGGAGUACGUGCGGUUCAUGCAGAACUGGACGCGCGAAAACAUGAGCAUCGCGUUCACGUCGGAACGGUCGAUCGAGGAUGAGCUGGCGCGCGAAUCGCAGUCGGACGUGUCGACCAUUCUGGUGUCGUACAUCAUCAUGUUCGCGUACAUCGCCAUUUCGCUCGGCCACGUCAACCAGUGGAACCGCGCGCUGAUCGACUCGAAGGUAACGCUCGGGCUGGGUGGCGUUGCGAUCGUGCUUGCCUCGGUCGUUGCGUCGGUGGGCAUAUUCGGCUACAUUGGCGUACCGGCCACGCUGAUCAUCGUGGAGGUGAUCCCCUUUUUGGUGCUUGCGGUCGGUGUGGACAAUAUCUUCAUUCUGGUGCAAACGCACCAGCGCGACACGAAAAAGCCGACGGAAACGCACGCGGAACACAUUGGCCGCAUUCUGGGGCGUGUGGGGCCGUCGAUUCUGCUGACGUCGGUCAGCGAGAGCUGCUGCUUCUUCCUGGGCGGUCUGUCCGACAUGCCGGCGGUGCGUGCGUUCGCGCUGUACGCCGGUAUGGCGCUACUGAUUGACUUUAUCCUGCAGAUUACGUGUUUCGUUAGUUUGCUGGCGCUCGACACGAUCCGCCAGACGGACAAUCGGCUGGACGUGCUGUGUUUCCUGCGCGGCUCGAAGAAGGACAUGCCGGGCAACAUUGGCGAAGGGCUGCUGUACAAGUUCUUCAAGAGCAUCUACGUGCCGUUUGUGAUGCGCAAGCCGGUCCGGGUGGCCGUGAUGAUCGUGUUCUUUGGCUGGCUCUGCUCGAGCAUUGCCGUGGCGCCUCACAUCGAUAUCGGGCUGGACCAGGAACUUUCGAUGCCGGGCGAUAGCUUUGUGCUGAAAUAUUUCCGCUACCUGCAGCAGUAUCUGAGUAUUGGGCCGCCGGUUUACUUUGUGGUGAAAAAUGGUCUAAACUACUCGACGAUGAACGAUCAGAAUUUGAUUUGCGGUGGGCAGUACUGCAACCUGGACAGCCUUUCGACUCAGCUUUACAUCGCUAGCAAGCAGCCACAGUCGACGUAUCUUGCCCGACCGGCAUCGUCCUGGCUGGACGACUACAUCGAUUGGUCGGCCGCGCCAGGUUGCUGCAAACAGUGGAACAAUGGAAGCUUCUGCCCACAUCAGAAGAGUGCCUGCGGUGCAUGCAACAUAUCGAUGACUGCUCAAAAGCGACCGGUGGAGAGCAGCUUCCGGCAGUAUGUAUCCUUCUUCCUGGAGGACAAUCCAGACGAGGCGUGCGCCAAAGCGGGCCACGCCGCGUACGGUAGUGGCGUAAAGUAUCGGCCCGAUGCGCUGGCCCCGCUGUACAACGACGUGGGCGCCUCCUACUUCAUGGCCUAUCACACGAUCCUGAAGUCGUCCUCCGACUACUACGAAGCGCUGCGCUCGGCGCGCAAAAUUUCGGCCAACAUUACCAGCACGAUACACGCGAACCUGCGGCUGCAGGGCCGCAGCGAGGCCGACAUUCAGCAGAUCGAGGUGUUCCCGUACUCGGUGUUUUACGUGUUCUACGAGCAGUAUCUGACCAUGUGGCCGGACACGCUGAAAAGCAUGGGCAUCUCGGUGCUGGCCAUCUUCAUCGUCACGUUCCUGCUGAUGGGCUUCGACAUCCAUUCGUCGCUGGUGGUAGUGAUCACGAUUACGAUGAUCGUCAUCAACAUCGGCGGCCUGAUGUACCACUGGAGCAUCUCGCUGAAUGCGGUCUCGCUCGUGAAUCUCGUCAUGGCGGUCGGCAUCAGUGUCGAGUUUUGCUCCCAUCUGGUGCACAGCUUCGCCAUGUCGGUGGAGGAGACGCGCGAAAAGCGGGCGGCCGACGCGCUCACCAAGAUGGGCAGCUCCGUGUUCUCCGGCAUCACGCUCACCAAGUUCGGCGGCAUACUGGUGCUCGGGUUCGCCCACAGCCAAAUCUUCCAGGUGUUCUACUUCCGGAUGUACCUGGGCAUAGUGCUGUACGGGGCCGCCCACGGGCUCGUGUUCCUGCCGGUGCUGCUUAGCUAUAUCGGCGUGAUGCACCGCCGAAGGCGCUCCAACAACGAUGCCUCGAACGUCCCACACCACCCCAGUGCUAAUGAGAUCGAUGAGGAGCAGAAUAUGGAACAGGAUGCAGCGUACUAUGACGACCGACAAUCUCCCAACUAUCACCACCACCACAGCUACCACGAUGACGACGACGACGACGAUACUGAGCACGCCAACCUUCAGCGAGCGGAGCCGCCAACGAAUCAUCCAGUGGUUCGGGCGAAACAAGAAAUCCGCAGCGCAGGAGGACGACCCCACUGGCCAGCAGGAGCAGCAUCUGGCAGAGCCGGUUACUCCGGAGCACGAACAGUAUCAUCCGGCCGAUCCCAGGCCGGACCAUCCCAGCAGCAGCAACAGCAACAGCAGCGAACCACCCUUGAGGUCCACGCCCAGCACGACCUUCCUCCGGGUGAGGAUACGGAGGAGCUUACCGAGCCUCUUCUGCAGCAAGCUUCCCCCGGCAGGCAGUGCGCCCCGCACGGAUCUCUAAAGGAAGCCCCGAAACACCAACCAGCAACAGUAACAGCUGUAGUAGCCGCAUCGAGCAGUACGGCGCCGCAAGAACAGACCGCGUCAAAGGCACCGACAGCGCCACCCACCACAAAGCUGUCCCCGUCCUCAUCUAUCUCGUCCUCGUCGCUGUCGUCGAAAACGUCCAAAGCCUCCAAAACGUCCCACCGGCACCGGUUACGCAAGAGCCGCUCGAAGGACGCACAAACGGAAAUCGAGCACCCGAAGGCGCCGUUAGUGGUGGCGGAAGAUUCAGAAGAUUUGGACGGAGAAGAGGAUGACGAAGAGGAGGAGGAGGAGGAGGAGAAGAAGAAGAUGAAAGGGGAAGGGAUGGCCGAAUCGCCGAACAAUAGUAAUAGCGCUGCGACGUACCGCGGGGAAGAUCAGCGAACACUGAAGUCGUCCGGUUCGUCCUCCCGUUCAACGAUCGUGCCCCGGGGACGGUAAGAGAAGGCGCUAAUGCUGGAGUGCGCGAUGACAAAUCAUUGCCGAGUUCUGGUCAGGCAGCAGCAGCAUGUGUCCAGGGUGAUAUGGAGGUGAUAUUUUUAUUUUUAACACCACCACGCAGGAACGGUAAAAUCACAUAGACAUUAAGCUAUUGCAACUGAUUGGUGGCGUUCGUUAAGCUGCAUACUACAGUGUGACCGUGACAAACAAGUAAAAAAGCUAGUAUAUCCUUGCUGAUCGUACUCCACUCUGUGAGAUGUGGGUACUGUCCUGGGCUGUCUGAAUUACGCAAGGUUAGGAGAGGAGCAUGCACACACAUUGCAGACCAAAAUAGGCGUGUUGGAGUGCGGGGUUUGUUCUCAAAACGUAGUAACAGAUCGUUCUAAAUCUACCGACAAAUCAAUUUCGUUUCCCUCUCCAGGUAAGGGAACUUGAAUCGUGUGUUCCUGCUUGCCCGUUUUGUGACGUUUCGUGCGAACAGUUACGAAGCUGUGGACCGAGAUUUUCUAUAUUUAUGCCAACACAGUCACACAACGAAACAGUUCGAAACUGGUCGCGCGCAGCUCGAAGCAAUGGCAACAUAUGUAUAUCAUAAAUCACUCCACAAUGAAGGGAAGAAGCGAAGAAAGCGUUAGAAGAGAGCAAUGAUCAUAAAGGAUCGAAUAGUGGGGGCAUGUACGUAAGUUUGUAUACACAUUUGAUGUCCAGAUGUAUAUUCCUAUUGAAAUUAUAAUAUUUCCCACUGUCUUAGGAUACAUUCACGUAACCGUUAAUCAAAAAAAACCGUUGGUUGGGUCUUGGAAUAAUGCAGAUCACACCUUGAAUAAGAAUAAUAAUCGGCUACAUAGAGCGGGAAUGGCUUACGGAACUGGAUGGGAACUGUUUAGGACACUAUGGUGGACGUGGUGCGAAAUUUUAAUGUUGUUCGUACUGCCGUAAAGGUAUAUCGCGCGAUGGGGGAGAUGUGGAGCAGGAAUAGCUAAAUGGCAGAAAAUGGACGGAAAGCGUUCGUUGGAUGCAUAUUUGUUGGUUGUUAUUGGGGCUGGAGAGGACUGCUGGCUGCACCUUAUCAUGCCCUGUAGACUCUGUUGGUUGUUGGAGGAUGUCUGCGCUUGCAGCAUGAGUGAGCGAUGGCGCUAGUUGAGUGGUGGGAGUUGGUGGUUGAUAGUGUGUUCAGCUUGUUAAAGAGAGAGAUACAGAGAGAGAGAGAUAGAGGCAGGACGCUUAUUAUUGUGGCAGUUGUAUAGAAAAGGGACAAUGAUAGAUAGCCUAUGUUUUAGAAUGCUUGUGUGAUGUCUUAAAGGGGUUGGAAAGGAAACGAAAAAGAAAACAGUAUGCUAAACUGUGGAUCGAUACACAAGCACACUCCACACUGCUCGUAAUAAGGUGGCACUGUGAGAAAUUAGUGAAUUUCAUGUCUACAAGUGUGGAUCGUAUGCAAGAGCAGGAACCAUCGAGGGAUUCUUAACCUUCAAGGAAGGGGGAAUAUACAGAACGGAAGAAAAUGAUAAGGUGACAAGGUGACCCAUCGCAAUGUAUCAUACGAGCAGGAAGGGGAAAAGAUGUGUAGUUACAGGGUACGGUUAUUUACUUUUCAUAAAAAUGCAGAAAAAAGGAACUAGACAGAAGAGACGGUGAGAGUUACUGUUUACAAAGGAACCAAGAAUCCGGCAGACUUAAAGGAAAUGAAUUAUUUUUCAAUUUUGCAUAUGUUUCUAGUAUUCUAGAUUGUUUUUUCUUCUUCUUCUUCUUCUUCUUCUUCUUCUUCACAAAUCGGUAGCACUUAGAGCUUAACAACUACUGUUGAUAAUAACCAAUGGGUGGAAAAGAAGAUUACCAUGAAACGACUGUGACUGUGAUUCAUUUGUCCAUUACAAUCAUAGCUAAUUUGUGGCCACCAUUUUGGUCGUACAGUUUCCAAUCUUCUAGAAUUGUGUUACAAUGCAACCACCACACACCCCUAGCUAGCACUUUUGGGAAAGGCGGAGGAAAGUAUCGGUUCCAGUUGGUCAAGAUAAUAGGAGGUUACAACGUUUCCAGCAGCGUCCGUUGACGUGCUGUGUGUGUUCCUACAAACUGCUACGAAAUCGAACGAAAACCAACGCUGUCCUAGCUUUUUACACACCGCGCUUCGCCCUACUUCAUGUGUAGACAACUGUUUCCGGUGCCUUGCAUACGACGAACUACUAUAGAUAAAUUUGCGAAAGGUGUGUAGCAGGUGACGGUACGCGAGAGAGCAGGAUUUGUACCAUGGGGAGUAUUCUAGAAAAUGGUCAGUGCUUUUCUUUUCAAAAACCACUACCCUCCAAUUCAUCUCACUCGUGCCCGGUUACAUAGCUCCGCUAGGGAUGACUACCACUGUUGGCAUACUGUUCUGUUCUGCAUCCCACCCUCUCCCUCCCCUUAAAAGCUUCUUGUGAUUCCAUAUUUUACCGAAAACAAAAAAGUAUUCUCUAGGCAGAAGUGAGCCCAACGGGUCCGCCUGUCCUGUCCGUUGGCUUAAUGCUUCUCCCUGCUAAUUGAUGUUUAAGAUUACGGUCCAUCCUUACUAUUGUUAAACUAUAAAUAGGUUACACGUGUAUACCACUCACAAACUCACGCUGUGCUUAUCGCAAUGCACGCGCCCCAGCACACGACCGCGUAGAUAAUUUUUGGUUGAGGCAAACGAGCAAGGUGAGCGAGCACGGAGGAGCGGUGGCACUUUGCGGUUUCUUCCCCUCCACGCUCACCCACGGUUAGGUUUAAAUUAUUUUGCUCAUUCCGUUCUUGAAUUAUUGCAGCAAAUGCAGGUGUUAGCGACGCUUAACCAAGCCCCGAACUAGGAAAAAACGAGUCCAGUUUGUCUCCGAUUAUAUUCACUAUUAGUUUGUAAGUAUAGUUACUGCCAGCUAGAAAAUCAGGGCAGUUUUGCAAGCAGCCGAUAGCUAAGAUCUUAAUCCCGUCACGAGCUCGGUCACGUUUCGAUUCCGUCGUUCUUUGUUUUAUCGAAGCAUGUAUGUUUAUUCCCCUUGCAAGUUGUUACUUUCGCUUGUGUCAGCGGGCUCCGUUGUUAGCUAGAUUACGACAGUAACGAAAGGAUGCGUUAUGGUAGGGUUGGGUAAAGAUAAUGCGGAGGCCCUUCAAAAGGAAGCAAACAGAGAGGAACAUAUUGUAUAGGGAUGGCCAAGAUGUAAGUCUGUAAAAGAAGAAAAUGUAAUAUAGUGAGAAAGGACGGAGCAGGGAACGGUAGAAAAAAGGGACGAAAGCGGAAUAGUAAUUAAAUUUCCAAAAAAAAAAGAUUUGUUGUACACUACACUGCUGACCCCAGAUGGCCAAAGUGAAUCAGUUUGUAUGGUUAGUGAGUUUCUUUUGGCCGCUCCCAACAUUAUGCAAGGUGCAGGUGACAAGGGUAAACCAAAGCUUUCUUUAAGUUGGCGCUCUCGUUCGUUGUGUUGUGUUACGCAAGAUAAGUAAAUGGAAGCUUAGAAUGAAGGUGUUAAGCAUGUGUCUAAUUUUAAGUAUAAUUCCUGAAUCUGGUGUUGCAUUGCUGUAAUGAACUUUUGGGUUGUAUAUUUUUUGCAUAAUAGAAUAAAGGGCAGCAUACAUAAACAUUCUAAAACAAACAAACACGUAAACAUACACAAAACACACAGAGUGGGGGUAUAAUGUGUGUGUAACAGGUAUGUGAAAUAGGGCAGAAAACUGUGAGGAAUGUAAUUAAGGAGUAAAUAAAUAAAGGUUUAAAAUGUGA